UCUUUAGAAGCAUAUGAAACAUUAAUGAAUGAAUUAUAUGUAUUCGUGAAUGAAUUAAAAUCAAUGAUUUUCAUUAAUGACGCCUUUAAUGAUUCAUUAACUGUUGAAUCCCUUAAAACAAUUAAUGAACUGUCGUUAAUGAAAGGUACACUGCAAACCGUCGAGUUUGGAUCAAAUGCUGUAGUUGGUGCAGGAAUAUUAAUGAUAUAA